AUGGGUUGCUGUUUAUCCACACCCAAAACCCAAAACCAAAACACCCAAACCACUCACAAAAACCAACAUCAUCAACCACCACCUCCACAACCGCCGCCGCCGCCAUCACCGCCACCACCACCCUUUGAAGAAGAAUCUGUGAAAGAGGUUCUGUCAGAGACCCCAAUUCCCAAACCACCCCAAGAUCCAAUUUUGACGCCAGAAACAAAAACCCUUUCGCCUCUCCUUCAAAACCCACUUCCCAUUUUUGAAACCAAGCUCCCCAUCGAAGAACACUCCGAGCCUGUUUCUCAGCACUCGGAAACAUGCAGUAUGAGCGAGAGCUUCUCCGCCGCCACAACCACCACCACGGCCACCGUUACGACUACAACGGUCACCGAGGUGAGAGAAGAAGACGAAGCAACCAGCAAAGUCCACAAGUGGGAUCGGUCUCCGUCCAGGAAGAGACCCCACGCCCCAGAUGGCAACUUCGCCGGCGGGAGAGACCGUAGGCUCAAGUCUCCGGCUAGGAAGUCGGAGCCGUCGCCGGAGAAGAAAAUCAAAGGCGGUUCCAGGCCAAUUCGGGGAAGGGAAACGAGGGAGCCCGUCACGGCGGCAAAUCGGAGGCGAAAUACCGGCGCCGCUGCCAUCCGGCGGGACUCCGGUGAAGGUUCAGGUCGGAGGUCGAGGUCGCCGGCACGUGCUAUGACGGGGAAGGUGAAUGCAGGCGGUAGCCGGAAAGAGGUUGCGCCACCGAGUGUGGCUGAGAAGAAAGAGACUGCGCCGGAGAUUGCGGUGGGGAAAGAGAAUGAGAAGGAAAAGAAAGGCGAGAGUGAAGAAGGUGGGGAGAAAAACGACGUCGUGUCGCCGGAAGAGUGCCUCGAGAACCCGCACGUAUCGAUGGAGUGCUUUAUUUUUCUGUAG